AUGUAUUUUUUUUAUACCUGUCUUAAAAAAUUUUUAUUCUUAGACUUUGAAAGUCUUCAGGCAUCAGACAGAGCUGUGAAGAAUGUGAACCAAAGGAUCGAGUCUUUGCCAAAAAUAGAAGCAAAGUUUAAUGAGAUCCAAAAUGUUCUUGAGGAAAAUAAAGAAACCCUAAGGUGGCUCCAAAAUCAGAAUGAGUAUCUCACUGAGUCUCUGCAUGAACUAAGGAUUAAGCAAGGAGACAAGUGUGAACUUCCUCUGCAUACUCCGGUACAACACAGAGGCUUCUGCUACUUCCGAACCCUGAAAAUGAAUUCUUGGAGAAACUGUUCCCAUCUUUGUGACUCUCUGAACGCUACUUUUUUGAUGACAGAAAGGAAUAAAUCGAUGAUAAUUAUGAAUUUACUUGCAGUAAAUCAUACUUGGAUUGGCCUGUCUUAUAAGAAAGAGAAAAGUAAAUGGAUGUGGGAAGAUGGUUCCUUGCCUUCUUCUGACAUGAGUUCACUGGAACCAAGUCUGGAUAUUUCGAAGUGUGCGUAUGUGAUGGAACACACCACCAAGACUGCUGACUGCAGCCAGUCCUUUUCAUGUGCAUGUGUGAAGAAAGCCCUUUAAGUGAUCAAAGAUAGUUAAAAGGGAAGCUAGAAAGUUCACUUCUUAAUAUUCCAGAUUCAUGAUCUUCUAGGAUUUCUUUUAUUGAUAUUUCAUGUUUUUUUCAUCACAGAAACUGAUAAAUGAAUCUAUGAUAAAAGAAGGGUGGACUACAAGACUAUGGGAAAUGAUAGGAGAGCCCCCCAAAUUAGAAAUUUAGGAGCACAUUGAUUUUGUGAGAGCUGUUUAUAUAUAGUUGACCUAAUAAACAUAUCAUUUGCCAUGAA